AUGAUCUUCAACCCUGAGACCUACGACCUGGUACGAUUGUUCGUGUCCGGCACAGAUUCCGAGGAGCAUGACCAUCUGGUGACUGAAGGAUUCGCUGAAAAAAGUUGCCAGAUGUCUGCCGAAAAACUGAAAACCAUUAGAAAUCGAUCCCGAAUAAAAUUACUGCCUGUUGAUUCGGGAAUUUUAAAAGAGUACUAUAAAGACACAUUUGAGCACCUUUUCACAAACUCCCUCUUCAACCACGGCAUCUUAUGCAUCGGCAUUUACAGAUUUAUUGACAGCGACACCAUCGAUCUGAAGAACCGAUUCAUCAUCGCCAACCCACCGCCUGAUAUGGCGGUCAGAAAUUCUGACCUGGCGUUUCAUAGCCUUUUGAAAGGUUUUGUUUGUUGUCGUAAAUUAUUAAACAUUAAGGAUGCGUUUAAAAAUAUACUGCUUAUGCCCGUACACGCUGCUGGUGUAAGGAACGACUACAGCCUGAUGUUACGUUCCUUUUAUUCUAUCCAUCAAUGCCAGUUGGAAGAAACAUCAUUCGUUUGA